AUGGAGGAAGGAGCACACCACGGCGGCCUUCCCGAGCUAGUUCCAACCGGAGGAGGAGCCGAUCUCAUCAGCGCCCUCCCGGAGGAUCUGCUUCUCCAGGUCCUCGCCCGCCUCCGCUGCGCCCGCGCCGCCGCGCGCACCAGCCUCCUCUCCCACCGGUGGAGCCGCCUCUGGACCCGCCUCACCGAUUUCACCUUCCGCGACCUCGCGCUCCACUCGCUCCAAUCGGCGCUCGACUCCCUCGUCCACGCUCCCGGCGUGUUGUUCCUCCUCGACAUCCACUCCGAGGUGCCCCCGCCUGUUCCUCGGCGUGAGCUGCUAUACUACCUGCAGUACGCGGCCGGCGUCUCCUCACUGCUCCGCGCCGCCGCGGGGCUCUCGCCGGUGGAGCUCCGCUUCAACGUCUCUCUCGGCCCACUUGCCCGCUUGACACCUGACUUAUUAUUGUGCUAUCCCCCAAAGGUGGACCUCCCCUGCUUCCACCGAGCCACCUCCAUCGACCUAUCUGGGUUGGAGUUGGAGUUGGACCUCUCCCUCUUGGCCGACCCACCGGCAAGCUGCUACAUGUUCCCUGCUCUGGAGGUGCUGUCCUUCUCUCGCUGCUGCGUGGACGUUGCCGACUUGCUCCUCCAUUGUCCGCGCCUGCGCGUGCUAAGGGCGACCGACUGUUUGCUCGGCGAAGCCAUCCGCUCCGCGUCCCUGCAGGGGCUCGUUCUAGAGAUCAAGACAGGGAGUGUGGAUAUCGAGGCCCCCACGCUUAAGCAAUUGACAUUAUCCUUAGACACUCGCCGCGAGCUCAGGUUGUCCAUCUUGGCACCUAUGGUGGAGAAGGUUCUGUGGCUAUGCCACUAUUCCAAGGUAGCUGCUGGGAUUGGCCUUUGGGGCCUUGCGAUGGUGAGGUUAGAGACGGAGAGCAAUGCCCUGUGCCUGUGGAUGGACUGUCUUGUGCGUUCCUUGGCCUGCUCAAUUUACUUCAUGGAGUUGCCAACUAUACUUAUUAAACUUAUUGCUGAUAUUACUCUCAAAUUGUUUUUGCAGCACCAGCACUCAUUUAGUUUUUCACGCACCGAGCUCAGCCUUGCGCAAGAAAUAGAGAAACAUCUAGUGGUUUGUAACUUCUCUGUCUUGGAUCUACAUUUCAACUCUUUCAAAACAAGCGGGCAUGCUUUUGGAGCAUUUGUGUUUCGCCUCCUGGCGAUUCAUCGGAUUCGUACUGCUACAAAAAUUCUUAAGAUAGGACUGGGGGAGAAAGCAAUAGCAUGCCCAGUAAAUUGUCCCUGUGAUGAGCCUAAGAACUGGAGAAGCGAAACUAUCACCUUGAUCAAUCUUGAAGAAGUGAAAAUCAAUGUCUUUGAAGGACAGGAGCAUGAAUUUGAUUUCUUGAGACAAAUAUUCAAAUGCACAGCAAUGCUGAAAAGAAUAGCUGUGAAGCUUUUAGAUGAUGUCACAGCAAGUAACGGUUUGUGCACAAAAAUAUAUGACAUCUUCAAGGAGUACCCUUAUGUGGAAUGCAGUGUUGUUCCUAGUUCUGGGCCAGAGCACAGCAGCCAAAGUGGUGCGUCGACAUGA